GUUGAAGCGUUUUACAGAUUCCCACUACAACUCUUAAACUACACAAGCUUCACUCUGGUGAACAGCUGGACCUGACGUUUUUUGAAUUGGAAUUGAUUUUCCGUAAACAUCUUGCCGGGUCCUUCGAUUAUCCAAAAAAUCUAGUCUAUAACGAAAACGGUGCGGAUUUGUGGCUCCUGAACCCGGAACAUGAAAGUGAAGAUUAAAAGUUGGAUGGGCGUCGCGACAUGGCGCUGGAUUGCGAAUGACGAGAAUUGCGGAAUUUGCCGAAUGUCCUUUGAGAACUGCUGUCCAGAGUGCUCCCUGCCCGGUGACGACUGCCCAUUGGUUUGGGGCGCGUGUUCGCACUGUUUCCACAUGCAUUGCAUCGUCAAGUGGCUAAAUUCGCAGCCGAACAGCCAGCAGUGUCCCAUGUGUCGGCAAAAUUGGAAGUUUAAUAUUCAAUAGACAUUCCGAAAGUCAGAAAAAACAUUGAUAGCUUUGUAAGACAUUUUGUAAGAUAUCCGCAAGGACAAUAAACUGACUAAAGUUCGGUCAAUUUUGGAACUGAG